UUAUCUUUCUGAAAAAUGGAGAGUCACCUUAAGGUCAUUACAGUAGAGAUAAAAAGUCCAUACAUUCUGCUCACAGGGCCUUAUAAAUAUUACCUGCUUCCUUCACCAGAACAGAAGGCUGGUACUGUCACAGCCUUGGUGACAAAGGGUCUCCUUCCUGGGGACCCAGUCCUGCAGCCCGGGGCAAGAGGCCCCACUGAGGACCAGGUGGAGAUCCUGGAGUACAACUUCAACAAGGUCAACAAGCACCCGGACCCCACCACGCUGUGCCUGAUCGCGGCCGAGGCCGGCCUUUCGGAGGAGGAGACCCAGAAAUGGUUCAAGCAGCGCCUGGCCCAGUGGCGGCGGUCAGAAGGCCUACCCUCAGAGUGCAGAUCCGUCACGGACUAGGGAGAUGGUGGGCAUUGGUGGCUUCCCUCCAUGAAGACCAUCUGCUGUUUCUCUUGUCAGCUUAACCAAGCUAUUUUGGUUUCUCAAUGUAAUGUCAUAUGUUCCACUGUUAGCUGUCCUGCUACUUAACACAACGUUGUAUUUUUUUAAUGUACAUAACUAGAAAAGAAAAUAACAAUAGGAAGCUGUGUGCAGCUUCUGUGGAAAGCAGUAGCUUGGCUGGAAAGUGCUGUGGCUUGCAUUUUCCUUCCGGUCACGAUGACAGAUGGUGUGAAAACCAUCUAAGUUUUCUUAUGAUCAUCACCUCCCAAUAACAGUUUACUUUCACCAUCGAUUUCAGAGCAGGCAAAGCCUCUGUUAAAAAGAUAACAUGACCAAGAAGAAGACAUUUCCUUCCAAUUCUACUUCCCUAAGUCACUUUCCUUGUGUUUCAUUUAAUACAUGGGGAUUGAGUGAGAAUAUAGGGGGAUAUUUGAGUCAUUCAGAUUUCAUAAAGGAGUUCCUUGGAUUAUAGCUGCAUUCACUUGGAAAGCACCCAGUGAGGCUGGAAGACAGAAACUCCAACUGGCAGAAAAAUCAAGUAACGAAGUGAAAAAAAUCCACAAAAGUCUUGAAUUUACCUUAUUUAAAUGCAUUUGUUAAAUGUUAUUUUGCUUAACAAAAUGAACUGCUUUUUGUUUCUAAAAUGAUAUUCUAAAUAAAACCUUCACGUUUUGUUGAAAAUGCA